AUGGUUGGUUUCGGUAAUAAUGAACUGUUGUAUUUUAAACGCUUCUCGAUCGACCAGUGUUUACGCAUAGCCAUGGUUUUAAUGGUACGUGAAUACACACAUUAAGAUUUUUUUUAAAAAAAUACUAUAUAAUAUAAACGCUAAUACGAGAAAGACAAUAAUGCUAAUCAGCAAUUUGAUACGGAACCCUCAGUUGAAUAUGUUUUUGCCUACAGCCAUGGAAUAGUUCAUGUGAUAAAUAACGCAAAAACUUAAAAUUACUGUACACAAAUAACAUUUGAAUAAUUAUUGCAAACAUACGCUUCGUAUAUUAAAACUAACACGACAUUAAAACAUAUCGUAAUUCAGUUUUUGUGUGCAGAUACCAUGCGUUUAUUUUUAAUAUUGGUUUUGUAAAAAAUUUGUUUAAAAGUUUACGGUCGGCAAAAUGUGGUCAUUUUGCAUGGAAUUUGAAUUUAAACUUAGCAUUUCAUAGAUUUACAUCCAAUGGAAAAUUGCCGGUUUCUUAAAAUAAUUGCACACAGACAAAUAUGCAUCUAAAUAGAACAACUGUAGAUUGAAUAGAUUAUUAUUAUUGUUUUUGGGAAAAAAUGAGCAUAGAGAUGUGUAAUUGUAGACACAACGGUUGUUUUACAAAUGUGUAAGGUUUAUGACCGGUAACCCUGUUAUAUUUUUAUAAUAACAUGAUAUAAAUUUAUGUUUCGAUUGCAUGUCGUGGUCAAAAUAAACUUCAAAUGGGCGAUUCUGGAUAAUUCAUUAUGAUGUUUUUGUAAAAAAAAAAAAUACCAUAACGCUGUAAUAACUAUUAUAUUGAUUAAUAUGGGGCAAAGGUGAGACUGAGGGCAUUCGUUUCGCCACAUUUCAAUUGACUUUCUCGCAUUAUAUUUUACAGUAUUUAAUGUAACACACUAAACUAAAUAAUUAGACGGUUUUAAAGGGCUUAAGUGAAUAAAGUUUACUUUAUAUAGGAGAGAUAAAAAAAAAUAGGCUGUCUUAGGAUAAUGGGGACGGGCGCAGCCACUGUUAUAGGAAUGUGGUUGGGAAGGUUGUAGCAGGGGAAAUCAAUGUACAUGUGUGCACAACGAUUAACCAUUGCUAACAAAAAACGAUUCUGAGCGGAGCUCGCAGUUGAUAGUGUGGCUUUGUCAACAGUAUAUAUGUCAUAUUAUGGUAGGAUAAUUGCAUAUGCAUUAAAUAUUUUAUACAACCGUAUUUUUUUUAAUAUUGAACCUAUUUUUCCGUUCUUCCUACAUUAUUCCCGGAUUUCCCGUGUUUUUAAACGGUUGAGAAAACCCCUGGGAAUUUAAAAAAAUUACCUCCCGAAGGCCAAAAAUCUCUCCCCGGUCAGAUUUCUUUUCAAAAAAAAAUGCUAUCAUUGUAAACCGGAAAAAAAUUCCUAGUAGAAAAGUUGUUGACGGAAAAAAAAUAAAUGUAAUACAAACAUCGUUUUAAAACCUUAUUAUUUCUCGCUCCGCCUGAAUCUAAAAUCACUUAGACAUUCGCCAGCCGGUAUUAUGACAUCAUUGCGUUCUCACUCCGAAUUUAUUGGUUUACAUUAGAAACGAAUAACAAAACGCAUUACAUAUUGUUUUAAUUCAAAAAAAAAAAAAAAAAACAAAAACCGAAUCUGCUAAAUUUCAGCGUGGCUCCGCGCUCGAUUCCGUUUGAAAUUCCGUACGCAACGUUGACGCGUAUCGCGGUAUAAGCCGAAAAUGGCCAAUGCUCAAACACUCAAGCCCUUUACCCAUAAAAAUCGUCCGAUUAAUCAUAACGGUGCAAUAAUACGGUAAUUUGAACGUUACACUAUUGUAUAACAGAUGUUUUCCCGUGCAACGGGUGACGGUUCGUCGGAACCGCGAUCGGUCGAUUGCUCGCUGUUGAGGACGUGCGCGAGAUGCGCAGCACAGCCGUGCGAUUGGUCGAUGGAAAGGCAGACGUGCGCGAACCGGUCGGCGAACGAACGGAAAACGAUCGGUUUGACGGUGCGCGACGAAUCGCACUGUCCGCGUUUCUCGUCGGUCAGGAAGUCGGCGUUCGUGAACGUGCCCUUUUACAACGCAGUGGACAUAUUGAACGACACGAUAGGCUUCGUUUCGAUGAUCAACAAAACGAAAAUCAUUUGCUGUUUGGAUAGAUGCAUCGGAGCGGUGGUGCAAAAAAACAAAAUCGUCUGUAGGUCGGUUAAGAACGCCUCGUUGGACAUCUUCACGGAAAACAAGAGACCGUUGCAGUACGAUUUCUACGUAACGUUCAACAACGUAACGCUCAGGUUCGACAACAGCGCCGACUAUUAUUUCGCCGUUUACGAUCACGACUGCGGCGACGCGGCCGACGCAGACUGCGCGGUGUGCCUGUGGACCGACAACGAGUACAUGCACUAUUUGAAAUUGUGUUCGAGCCGCAACCGGUGCACGGGCCCGUAUAAAUACUACAAAAAGAAAUACGCCGACGAUUACAGGAAAAGAGUCCCGUCCGCCGCCGCCAAUCAGACGGUCCGUGUGGCGUGUCCGGACGUCAUAAGGGUCCGGGCGGUCGAACCGCUGCGCGCGUCGAUCGCGGGCGACGCGACAGUGACGAUCGCCGUAGUCAACCACAGGGUUCUGGCCGAAAACCAAACCGUAGUCGUGACCGUGGCCGGCCGCAACUGCAACGGCCCGAAGACGGAGGGCGACGAAACCAUUGUCUGUACCGUCGCGGGCACGCCGUCCGAGCCCGAGGUCGAAGGCCCGGCGGUCGUCAGGUACGGUUCGUCGCCAACCUUGAUCGUGACGUCGCCGCAAACCGUCAAAUUCGUCCGUCCCGCCGUCACAGACGUCCGUCCGGCAUACGGCCCGCUGGAGGGCGGUUCCCUGUUGACCGUGAGCGGCGAAUUCCUAGACGCCGGCGCCGCCGCCCGGGUGUCCAUUGGCAACGUUUCCGCCUGCGAGCUGACCGGACCGCGGUCCGGGAACGUCAUCACGUGCACGACGGGCCCGGGCCGUGUCGCCGCCGCCGGUUUGAUAGAAGUGGAAUUCGACGGCCGGUACUUUUCCGUCCACCGCGGUCCGGGAACGAAAACGUUCGAAUACGUGGACGGCCCGAGACUGGAGCCGGGGCAACGACUCGAGGGGAUCGCUUCCGGCGGCACAAACAUCACGGUGACGGGGUCAAAUUUUCGCAGUACGCACACAACGUAUUACGUGUGCGUGUACAACACCGCGGGCCGUGUGUGCGGACCCGGUUGCCACGUAAUAACGCAAGUGUCCAUGCGGUGCCAGCUGCCGAAGUUCGACUGGGAAAAAUCCCUAUUGGCGCACCCGCUCAAAUUGAUUGUCGAAUUGUCAACGAAAUUCUCGGCCGAACAAACGGAGUUCUGGUUCCGCGAAACACGUCUGCCCGAAAUCGAAAUACACCCCGACCCGGUAUUCGCGGAUUUCGAAUUGAACGUUAGAAACGAUAGUCUCGCGGUGUUGAAGAUAAACGGCCGCGGCCUGGGCCGCGGUUUCACUGUCGAUGAAUUGGACGUGCGAUUCCAGCGAAACCCCGCGGACAGGCCGUGUAAGUACGUGACGAUGUCCCGAAUCGAUUUGUUGUGUUUUCCGCCUCGCCCGGCGGACGUGCUUCGGAACCUUACGCGGCUAGGCAUCGUGGUCACUGUCGGCGGCAGUGUGUCGCACGUGCACGAGAAGCGCACCCCUCCGUACGGCGACUACACGCCUACCACUCAAAAUGGUUACCGCCAUCACCGUCCCACGCCUCACGGUGACGAAUACCGGUCUACCUUCAACAAUCCCGUAACUCACAAUGACGAACGGUUCUAUCGCCAUACCGCGCCCGACGAUGACGAUUACCAGUCCACCCCUCACCAUCGUGACCCCCAUUCCACACUUCGCGACGACGGCUUUCGCGGAACCCCUAAAAAAAAUGACCUCCGUUCCGACCUUGGAAUCUGGAUCUUGACGUUGGUUGUAAUAACGUUAUUAUUUACAGGCGGCAUACUAAUACUGUGUAAUUUAAAAAACAUGCACAGAUCGUUCACUCCGACGGCAACCGCAUUACAACCAAUGCGAAAAUCAUAA